AUGGCCAUUGGAGCCCCCAAACUCACUUCGGGUCCCCUCUCCGUCCCGUCACAUCCACACCACCAUAAACCAUCACUCCUUCCGAUCAUCACCUCCAUAAAACCCUCAUUCAGACGUUUCUCAUUGUCAACAUCUCGCCGGAAAAUUGUAUGUAAGGCCACAGAAGUGUCAGUGACCGAGGAAUCAUUGGCACCCGGUGAUAGUGGCGGUGGCGAUGACGGCCGGAACUGGGUUCCGGUGGUGCCAUUGGCGGCGCUGCCCAGGGGAGAGAGGCGAGUAAUUAUUCAGGAUGGGGAGACCAUACUGCUGUUGUGGUACAAAGAUGAGGUUUUUGCUAUUGAGAAUAGAUCACCAGCUGAGGGAGCUUACAGUGAAGGGUUGCUAAAUGCUAAGCUCACCCAG